AUGGAGAUCUGUCCCCCUGAUCCACCUAAACAAACAUCUCGACAAUCGAUUAUCGAGGCAAAAAAUAAAAUUCGGUUGGGCCACGAUGCAUGCUGCAACUGCUGCUGCUGUUGCAUUCCGCAACCCACAUGCUACAAAUAUGUCCAGCCAGAGGUGGCAAAAUCUUUCGCACCUAUUCAUUAUUACUGGAAGUCGAACGUACCGAUGGACAAAGAUACAACCUAUCGUCUCUCUUAUUGGGAAGGACCUAGCACCACUGUCGGAUCCCUUCGUCCUGAAGACAAUCUGACGUGCAGUGACACGCCAGUGUCUGAUGAAACGACGCACAAAAUGAGCUACUUCGGCAAUUGGUGCAUAAAAACUGAUCCGCCGAUAAUACCCUGCGACAGACAGUGGCUGGGUAGAGGUCCGAUGGAAGAUGUCACGACGCACAAGCACGAUUAUUCAUGGAAAAGCGUGGGACGUCCUGAGAUCAUCAAGGCGCAGAAUAAUUUGUACCCUCCCUGUGCUGCUUUGUCUGAUGAUACGACGUAUCGCUUGAGCUACUACAACUCCUCCUGCUUGCUUCCGGUACAAUCUUUCGCGCCUGUUAGAAAAUAUGCCAAGUCGGAUACACCGAUGGAAGGCUGUACGACGUACAGACUUAGCUACUGGCCAAAUGAGGCUCCCAUAAAAGAGGAGCUACCGUGGAAUCGAAAGGAAGAAUACCAUCGCCCGACGACGCCGAUUGACGGAUGUACGACCUACGGACUGAGUUACUGGCCCCACUGUGGCGAAAAGCCUCCGGUACCUUACAGCCACGAUGAGACCGAAAACUUGUUGAACGCCGGCUGCUGCUUCGACGACAAUACCACGUACCGGCUCAGCUAUUUCGGGUGUGGCGGUGACAAGCCGCCGGGUCCCAUUCGCCAGCCUGGCAACAUGAUUUUCUCGCCGUGUCCGCUCUCCCACGACACCGUCAAUCGGUUGAGUUUCCUGGGCAACUGGUGCGUCAAACCGGAACCGUCUAUCACGCCUUGCGACAGACAGUUGUUGGGCAGAGGACCGAUGGAUGAUGAAACUACGCAAAAACACGACUACACGUGGAAACGCGUGAUGCCGCCGACCGAGCUUCGACCCGAGAACAAUCUCACUUUCUCGCCCUCGCCGCUGGAAUCCUGCACGACCCAUAGAUUGUCUUAUAUACCGAACGAUCACGAAUGCCUGCCGCCUAUUAAAUCGUACGCGCCCAUACGCAAGUACCAGCCGACCGACGUUCCGAUGGAAUCCGAGACGACGAUGCGACUGAGUUAUCAACCGGUGGAGCCGGCGGUUCAGGCCGAGAAAUCAUGGGCUGCAGCUACGCCCUAUUAUUCACCCGUCAAUCCCAUGGAGGACAAUACCACGUACAAUCUAAGCUAUAUACCGCCUGGAACGCUCGUCCCACUGCCACCUUGUUCCGCUUCCUGUCCGCCUGUCAACACUUACGGAAGUAAAUCUUUGAGAAAUUCUCCAUUCCCUUGACAUUAUCUUUUUCACGCUGAACGAUGACGCGUAUGUGUACGAUUACAUUAUCAUUACGUUUUAGUACCGUCGCGGCAACCUUGCCCUGCAUCGUGAACAGGUAAACAAGGUGUGUGCGAAACGAUAAUUAUCGUUUAUAUUGCACAGUGUAGUAACUCUAAUAUGUUAACAUAUGUAUUUAUCUCUUCUCCUUACGAUAUUUUGCAGAAGUCACGCGAGCAGGCGCGGAUGCGAGCGCUUGUGAUGUCCCGAUCAUGUACGCUGUUCCGAUAAUAAAAUGUCCUUGUGCACCGCGACUUUUCAAUACUGUGUUAAUCCGCGCGAAAGAUCAGUAAACGGUUAAAGCAAUUUCACAAUCGCACCUCCACGGUUAUCGUAAUCGCGUUUCAGCCGGGAUGUGCAAAACCUUUUUCUCUCUCGCUCAACUGCCGCGUAAUGAAGCAAUAAUUACACAAUGAGGUGGUACAUUUAAUGUACACCUCAUUCGAUGUAACGGCGAAUUACCGCUACGUAACUGCCCUGGCAUUAAGUAUUAUGUAUAACGAUUACAUCACAGCUGACAUUCUGCGAUAAUCGAUGAUCGGUUCAUCCGCGGUCGUGUCUUUACGCGGGGGACGCGC